AUGCCUCCACAAAAUCAGAAUAACGGAGAUUCGCACAUCUUCCUCCUCCCAACCCUCCCCCUCACCCUCGCCCUCGUCGCACCUCGGCACCCUCCCUCUCCCCACCUCCACAGCCCUCCAGACUGCGCCCCUACAACUACAAUCACGAAAACCGUUACCGUUACCAUCCCCAUCUACGCGCCGACGGGAAAUAUUUCGGUGCCAUUUCCGAAUGCUACUGUCACGGCUACGAGUACGGGUACGGGGGGGUUGGAGCCGAUUACAUUGAUUACACUGUCGAGUGCAGCAGGGGAAGUGACGGUGACGGCGACGGCGACGGGUGGGGGGUUGGAACCUAUUACGCUGAUUACUUUGCCUACUGCUACGGCUACGGCUUUGGAGUCUGCUGGGGAUGGAGGGGAUGGAGGGGCGGUAGGGGCGGCACCGACGCCGAAUGAUAUUGCGCCCAUUACGUUGAUUGAUAUUAGUACUGCCACGCCUAUUUAA